AUGGAGGACAUUGACCAUGAGCGUCAUUCUUCAUCAGAUGAACAAGACUCCUGCCCAGGUUCCCCAAAUCUAAGCAGCUCCCAGAAUGCUGCUCAGAAUUCAAGCCAUUCGGAUGACUCAGAAGUGGAGAAUUUAAUGCACGACCCUCAGCAUCAUGGAGGGCACAGCCACCAACACCAUCAUGGUCACGAGGUUCAUGAUGCAGUCAGGGAGGCAGAGGGCCAAGAGCGCCCCCACACCCCAUCUUAUCUGCGGCCCCCUGUGGCGGGUAGGGCCAGGUCAGAUUCAGGGUCAGAAGCCAGCUUGCCGCAGAGCAGAAGUGUGGAGUUUGACUUGCCAUCAACCGUCUGUCCCUCCAGACCGAGGAGCCCCUGGGCUCUUUUUGACCCUUAUGAGAAUACUGAGGACCAGGACAAAGAAUAUGUGGGUUUUGCAACACUGCCAAACCAGGUGCACCGCAAAUCAGUCAAAAAAGGAUUUGACUUCACACUCAUGGUGGCAGGUGAGUCUGGCCUGGGAAAGUCCACCCUGGUCAACAGCCUGUUUCUCACAGAUCUGUACAAAGAUAGGAAGCUGCUCAAUGCUGAAGAGCGAAUCACCCAAACAGUUGAGAUCACCAAACACACAGUGGAUAUAGAGGAGAAGGGUGUCAAACUAAAGCUGACCAUUGUGGACACUCCUGGAUUUGGGGAUGCUGUAAAUAACACUGAAUGCUGGAAGUCAGUGGCUGACUACAUCGACCAGCAGUUCGAGCAAUACUUCAGGGAUGAGAGUGGCCUCAACCGCAAGAACAUCCAGGACAACCGCGUACACUGCUGCCUCUAUUUCAUUUCGCCCUUCGGUCAUGGACUUCGGCCUUUGGAUGUAGAAUUUAUGAAGGCUCUGCAUGAGAAAGUCAACAUCGUCCCAGUCUUGUCAAAAGCAGACACGCUCACCCCUAGUGAGGUCAAGAAAAAGAAAAUUAAGAUCAGAGAGGAGAUUGAGCAGUACGGCAUCAAGAUUUAUCAGUUCCCUGACUGUGACUCUGAUGAGGAUGAGGACUUUAAGCAACAGGAUCAGGAGUUGAAGGAAAGCAUUCCCUUUGCUGUUAUUGGCAGCAAUACUGUGGUGGAGGCCAAAGGGAAAAGGGUGCGAGGCCGUCUCUACCCCUGGGGCAUUGUAGAAGUGGAGAACUCGGCUCACUGCGAUUUUGUAAAGCUGAGGAACAUGCUGGUCCGCACACACAUGCAGGACCUCAAAGAUGUGACCCGAGAGACUCACUAUGAGAACUACAGAGCCCAGUGCAUCCAGAGCAUGACCCGCAUGGUCGUGAAGGAGCGCAACCGCAAUAAACUAACCAGAGAGAGUGGAACAGACUUCCCCAUCCCAAUGGUGUCCGGAGUGACAGAGAGCGAGACCGAGAAGCUCAUCCGAGAGAAAGACGAGGAGCUGCGGCGGAUGCAGGAGAUGCUCCAGAGGAUUCAGGACCACCUGAUCACUCAGAAAGACGGCCAUUAACACAGGACCCCGGUUGCACUGCGUAUUUAUGAGAAGGGCGGCCAGGACUUCCUCUCUUUCCCCCCACCCCCACUCUUCUCUCGAACAUUGACAUUGCUCGGUGUCCACCCAACCACCUCCCUCCCCCGAGCCUCCUCAUCUGCAUGGAGAGGCGGUAAGAAGUUUUGACAUGUGCAGCUCAGCAAAUCCCUUUAUUCUGUCCAGAAGCUCUUGACAUUAAAGUCACCUCUGCUGCAGAAUUCCUGGCUUCCUCCACUCGGCACUCCACUGUUUGAAUGAAUUAGCCACAAGAGCACAGGUUGUGUUUUUGUUUUUGUUUGUUUUUUUAGCUUGAGGAGGUUUACAUCAACGUACUGGUGACAUGCUCGCAUUUUAAGAACACUUUUCUCAUGUGUUAUGUUUAUUUUCUCUUAGGUCAAGCAUGUAUCCUGUAGGAGUUCCAUUUUUCUAUAUCACAUUCAUAAUCUGUUUUUCACGUUAAUAGGCUACCACGCUGCUUGACCUCGUUUGGAUUAAAUGGAUGUACACUUUCCUUCCACUGAGGGUGUUGUUGGUUAAUUUGGCUUAAUCUUUUUGUAUAUUUUGUUUUAUGAGCGUCUGCUUGUUCAUUGUGUUCGCCACCUCCAAUGCCUGACUUCAUGGGUGCUCUGCUAAACAUUGGCCAGUCUUAACUCUCAUGAGAUCACCGGAGUAGAAUUCCCCACGGUAGUCGGCCCGGAACUUGAGACAAGACCCUGGUAGGUUAUCACAAGGUGAGCUUCCAGGAGCAGGGUUGCACCAGUGGACGGUCUGUUUAUGUUUGCAUGUGUUUUUUGGCUGGAACUCAGAUUGCAGUUUAGUGACCAUAAGGUUAUUAAUGACCAGCUGUUGGAGAGAUAAUUCAAGGACAGAUUUUUUAAUAUAUUUUCUUGGUUGGUCAUUAUCAUAUGUUCUCACUUCGGGUGAACUCAUUACGUUUCUCAAGUACAUACUAAUCUUUACAUUUAUGAAGUACCCUUGAUUAAUUUAACAGUAAAAAAAAAAGUGGGCUUAUCAUUAAAAAUCUUGGAGUUUUUUUUCUUUGUAAGGGAUCAUAUUUUUGGAAAUUAGACGAUCUUUUGAUUUGUGAGGCUGUUUGGUUAAAAAAAAGAAAGAAAACAUUCCUCCAGCUUCUGUCUGAAUAUCAGGUAAUAUUUCUGUUUUUUAAUUUGUUUUAUAUUAAAUCUGACUUUGGUUAUUCUACAUUUUUGAGUAUAUUUAUGUAAUGAAUUUUUAAAUAGAACGUUAAAGGAGAGGACAUGUACAAAUUCUAAUGUUGUAAUAAAAUAUAAAAAUGAUUUCAUGCACAUUCAGGUACUGUUUUGUUGUUUUUUUAAAAGCUGUAUUAAACAU